CGGCCGUAGUCCGGAACAGACGUAGCGCUACGCGAGAUUAAGCUACAUAAAUUUAAAGUUCUUGAACAUUAAUUGUUAUGAAGUGAUUAUAAGAUUCGGAGGGGUUGCUGACGUGAGUUUUAACGAGUUGAGAGACUCAGGAGCAAAAUGUCCCUCGUUCCUCCGGGAGGCACUGACUCACCAAGUCCUCGCCGCGCAGUCAGCCCUCUGCUAGAGUCACGCCGCCCUCAUUGCACUCUAGCGUGCGAUUACUGUGCCGCAAUCUUGGAAGAUAAAUUCAAACGCAAUGCUGAAAUGCGCAACCGUGGCACAUCACCCUUGUCUGUGUCACCUCGACAGUCACUCACCGGUGAACCACCUUGGUCUCUGUCGGACGACGACCGCCCGGACUUCUUGGCACUGAAGGAGAAUAUUAAAAGGAUUAACAAAGAUUGCGAAACAUCUACGCGAUUAGACCUUCUGUUGACCCAAGUGGAACAAUACGCGAAUAGCCUUGAAGCUCUGGUUGAAGAAAGGACAUCUGAUUACCUCGAAGAAAAGAGGAAAUGCGAAGAGUUACUCUAUCAACUUCUACCCAAGUCAGUAGCAUCGCAACUUAUAAUGGGACAGCCAGUGAUGGCUGAGACGUAUGAUCAAGUUACAAUAUACUUCAGCGAUAUUAUUGGCUUCACCCAACUCUCUGCCGAGUCUACACCGCUGGAAGUCGUAGAUCUGUUGAAUGACUUGUACACCAGCUUUGAUUCUAUUAUUGAAAAUUUCGACGUGUAUAAGGUGGAGACAAUAGGCGAUGCGUACAUGGUGGUGUCAGGGUUGCCAAUGCGAAAUGGAAAUCGUCACGCAGCCGAAAUAGCGCGAAUGUCUCUUGCAUUGCUCAACGCGGUGAGAGCAAAAACCGUACCACACCGACCUGGUGAACGACUGCUUUUGAGAAUCGGAAUGCAUACUGGUCCAUGCGUCGCUGGUGUUGUUGGCCUUAAAAUGCCACGCUACUGUUUGUUCGGAGAUACUGUUAACACUGCAUCCCGAAUGGAAUCACACGGUGAAGCACUAAGGAUUCACGUUAGCCCAAAAACUAAAGAAGUUCUUGAUUUGUAUGAUUGCUUCGAUCUUGAAUGCAGAGGAGAAAUCGCAAUGAAGGGGAAAGGAAAAAUGACCACGUAUUGGCUGCUCGGUGAAAAAAAGGACAAAGAUAUAAGAAUCUGCGAAGUGAAAGAAGAUGAAUCUCCAAAUAUAAAUCCUAGUUUCACAUUUCAAGGGCCCGACAGUCCUGCAUCCCAUUCGUUAACACACAGCGAAAGUCCUAAAAGGAAUGAUAAUAAAGAUACAACUCUUGAUAAAUCGGAAAGAGAUCGAAUUAAACACGAGAUUGCAACAUUUGUCGCUAAAGAUCUGAUUAACAACAUUGAUAAAUCAGUUAGAGAAAUAAAACUAUCACAAAGCGCAAAUUUUAAUUCAUCUGGGAAGCCGCAGUUUAAUGGAAAUGCAAGAGAAAUCGUAACACCGAAGUACGACAAAGAGCUUGUUAUUAACAAAGGUAAAGUUCGUGAUGUUGUAAAUAAAAUCAACAAUACUGUGAACAGCACAAAUGAUAAAAACGGAAAACCAAAGACAUAAAAUGUUAGUCUUACGUUUGUUACAAACCUGGACGAAGUAAUUUCUUAAUAUUAACAUGAAUAUGGAUUGUCAUUAAAAUUUUGUCUUGCUGGACUAUGCGUCAAGAGAUUAACGCCCAUAUUCCAUAAAGCAUCUCAAUACUUAAUCCUAUAUGAAUCCAUAUAAAAUAGAGUACUGUUGUUUAUUUUAUGUACAUUUUUGAAGUCAGUUUACUGUAAUACGGGCCUAAGAGACAUAAAUUAUUGAGGUUAAAAAUAUUAAAAUUACUCAAUAAAUAACAGUGAGUAUAAAAUAUUAAUUUGAUUAUGCCUAGUCUAGCCUUAAGUUCUUCUUACAAAUAAAAUUGCAUUUAUUUUUAAUGUGUGUAAUCUUAGAAAUAUAAGACUCUGCAAUAAAUAAAAAAGAAUUCUAUCAGAGAUAACUGCUUCUUUUAAAAAUGCUGCUGAAAUUUAGUAGCUACUUGUUUUAGCAAUUUCUUAUGCAACUCGAAGACAGCGCCAUGCUUAGAACAGGCCAUGUCAUUUAAAACUGUCCAUAAUAUGGAGUCCAAGAGUUUCAGAUCUGGGACAGACGAGGGCCAAUCUUCAGCUAUUGUAAAGUCUGGAACGCUUAUUUCCAGCCAAGCUUGGGUAGUUUCCAUGUGACCAGGUGCUGUCUUGCUGCAAAGUCCAUGAUACAUUCUAAAAAGAAUAUUGCUUAUUUGCAAAUAUUUCAUAUCACAACACGUUCUAAGACAGACUCUUGACACACAUUGGCUAAUGUAUAACUCCUUUUCACAAAAAUGAAUCUGUGUGAUUCCUCGAUAAGAAAACACCUGAACCAUGAAUGAAGAAGUAUGACGCUACACAUUUCUGACUACUUGUGAAGCUUCUUUGGAGCUAUAAGUGUACGUGUGUUUAUCAUAUUGCUUGUAGUAUUCUUCGGUGAAAAUAAUAUUUCUUCACUUGUCACCUGCGUGUAUGCAAUUUUAAUCGAGCCACACAAAGAGUUCCCUAAAUACAUCCCUACUAUUAAAGAAACUGUAUGUCCUGUCUAUCAAAGAUAAGCACCAAGCUUCAGGUCUUCUUUGAUUUUUUUUCAUAUUGACACAUUUUUACACAAAUUAUUUUGCCCCAAACUAGGCAUAGCCUGUACAAUGGGCACAAAGCAAGUACUUAUUUAAUCAUAAAUUAAUAUUUAUUAACAUCCAUGACUCGGAAACAACCAUUUAUAUUCAUCAUAUAAAUGUUUGCACCUACCGUGAAUCGAUCCCAGGGACCGAUCUAACUCGGUAGGCAGGGUAGCAACCACUGGGCUAUAGGGAUCGCCUUUUAUGAUACAGUAAAGAUUAAUAGCGAGAAUCUUCAAAACAUUGCGAGAAAGUUUUGGUUUCUUAUUUGAUUUCUGCGAAUUCUGACUUUAAUAGAGUCAUAAGAGCAGAUCAAAGAUUGGAAAAUAAUACACAGCUUAAAAGAACGAGUCUUUAUUUGCGUUCACUUCUAUGAACUUCCACUUCGCCGGUUUCACUGUAUCACUUUCUACUUUUCACUUCUUCUCUUGCUUUUCACUUCCGAUUCUGAACUAGAACUGCUGUAGGUCCGGAAUUCUGUUUUCUUUAACACUAAAUUCUAUCAUUUUGAUUUAAUAUUCACUUUAAUAAGUAUAUGUAUAAAUAAAAAGUUUUUAUGCUGUUACAAUAUUUAUGGCUUCACUAAUUACAGAUGUAGUCAAGGGUAUGUUAUGUAAUAUUAGUGCAAAACAUAGCCUAGUCUAAAAAAUGAUCUCAAUGUUUAAUAGAGGGGAUAACCAAAGACCAAGGUACUCCGAAUUAAGGAUCUCUUCUUAGGUAUUAAUGAUGAUUUAAAAAUAGAAUAGAAGAUACGGAAUUAGGAUAAAUAAUAUAAGUAUCGUAUAGACUAUAGAUAGUAGUUGCAAUUGCGAAAGUAAUUACAUUGAAAGUAGUAGUGAGAUGUGUAUGUUAAGAAUUAGAAAAUACUAUUGUAUUUAGUAAGCCCCUUAGUAUUUCUACCAACCUUUUAUAAUUUUGUAACUAUCGACUUUCCUAAGUGCUUUAAUCGUGUUUAUGGUUAAUAAAUUGUAAAAUGAGCUAUAGUUUCACUUGCAUUUUAAAUGAAAGCUUAAUAUAUUAGUGUAUUCGGUAUUCAAAGGCGUGUUUUGUGAAUCCAUGAAGUGAAAUGAAAUGAUAUUAUUUAUUUAGAUUUGGAAAGGGAAUAACCCUAGUAUAAGGGGGAAUUAGGGUAUGUCCAAAUCUUAAAUUAUUACUUAUUAAACAAUAUGUACUCUAUCCAGCAUGUAAUAAUUAUGUGAAAAAGUAUGCAUAAACUUAUUUUCAAGCAGCCAUUUUAAGAGUCUUGGUAUAAACUUUUUUUUUUUGACAGUAUUGCCAAGUCCUUAAGCAAUUUGUUAUAUAUAUGUUUCAAAACCAGUCUAUGUGGCUAUCUUGUUGCUCUAGCAUUCACCUCAAGAGCUGCUGUGGUUACGCACAAAUUUGUUUUGUUGAAACCCAAACUAAUGAAAUUCUUCUAACGUCAAAAUAUGUAGACAACAUUCACAAAACAAUAAUAGAAGAACUUCACAUAAAUACAGAAAUAAGACAAUUGGGCUAUUCAUUAUAUAAAGCCUCAUGCCAUAUUUAAAGUAUUUGUUUAAAUUGUAUUUGAAUUAACUCCUAUAUAUAAGUCUAAAAAAGUCAAGAAUUUGACUUGAGGCUCACUACUUACAUCAAAAGUUAAUGGUUUCAUGAAACCCGUCUUAAAUUACUUACAUUUAAUGUAGUUAUUGUACUUUAUAAAAUCGUAUGAAACCCUAGGGUAUGUAGAGUUAGAUAAGAAAAAUAUGUUUUUUUUUACAGUUUUAUUUUGUGUAAAGUAUAUAGCACAUAGAUAUUAUAUAUUUUCAGAUAUUCACAAAUGUAGAAACAAAUUUAUGAUAUUAGAUCUGAAAUUAUUCAAAGCACAUAUUACUAUGUAUGUAGUAUGUAUAUAAUUGGACAUUAUUUUGAGAGUGGUUAUUAAUAACUUACAUAAAUUUUGACAUGAAAAGGCAAAUAGUGAAUUGUUGAAUGAUGUUGUAUUCAAAAUGAAUUUUGAUAAAUGGACAAAUUUAUACUUAUGAGAAAUUUUUCGACUUUUAAAUUCACAUCUAAAUAUUUGAAUUUUUGGUCACGUAACAUCAAUUUAUCAGUUAAACAAAAUCUUAAGGCGAAGAGUAAGCACAAAACACGCAAACAUGGUGUUUUUAGACAAGUUUUGUGGUGAAAGUAUAGCAUUUCGAGCUAUGAACACUACUUAAUCCUGUUACAUAUAUUCUUAAGUCUUAUUUGUAGGUUGCUAAUGCUUGCUGUUGGUUAUAGUUAACACUGCCGAGCCUUUUUGAACUAACACUUUUCUUUGAAGUUAAACAAGUUUUUUGGCAUGGCGUGAUGCAUUUUUUUGGUACUUCUCUCAGAAAAGUUAUUCUUAUAGCUUGUACUUGUUUGUGUAGGUUCAUUUAUUCAGAUUAGUAGUGAAUAACGAGGAUUGUAAGCAUAUAAACUGUUUUCCACCCAAGAAUUUUGAAAAUAUUGGCUUUGUUACAUAGAUGGUGGGCCGGCAGCCGUGAACUCAUAUCGCUCAAGGUCUCUGGCAUUUAGUGUCGCCUUAAUGAGUGUUUUUUUCCUGUGGUUUUCAUAAUUAAGACAUCAGUGAAAAUAUUUGAAAUUAUAACUUGAAAAAUACACAAUAUGCAUUCACGGACUAGUAAAAAAAUUAGAACUCCGUGUCACCUUACAUAACAGUGUAGCAACAAAAAAUGUCGAUUAACGUGUAAAUACAUAGCCCCACGCACACACUUACACUACUACAGGCCGAUAGGCGGCCAUUAUGAGAAUUGUCAUCGUCAGUGACAGAUCAGUAAGCGUCUCAAUAAAAUAUUUUAAAAAUGCCGUUGUGCGUUAGAACAAGUGUAAAAACGAUACUAUACAAGUAUUUGUGACCAUAUAUGAUUAUUUAAGGGAGAAAAAAUUAUGUAACUUGUAUCCCCCGUAACCGCACACACACUAGCAUAACGGUGCU